AUGCGUCUCUCUAUAAUUUAUGCUGCUACAACACUUCUCGCUGCCACCACUGCGACGCCUACCCACUCUAGAGCGCAUGCCGCGCGCAACUUGGACCUGAGCCAUGUCCCCAUUCUGAGUCUGUGCUCCGCUCUGGUCGAUAGUCUCCCCGUGAACGCCGAGAUUAAGAUGGCUCCCAAUCUCGAUCUACAAAAAGUCCUAUCGUGUGUCGUUGAUGCCUUGCCCGUUCAUCCCAGCCUGGCUGCCAUGACCCCCUCCAUCGCGGCCCCGUCUUUUACAGUUGCUCCCAUUACCUUGAAUGAGGCCGAGACUUUCGAAGUUGCUAAGAACUCGGUGUUCAGCAUCGUGUCGGCCAUAGUUGACAAGCUUCCCGUGGAUGUCAAAGAGAGGGUCCUCCCCGAUGGACCUUUGGAUCUCUCUAAGCUCGACCUCAACAGCAUUGCUUCUUGUGUUGACAUUUUGCUUUGA